AUGACUUCUGCCCCCGCAGCCAGCUGGAACGCGAGCCUUGCUGCGGCGGGCGAUCCCUGGGGACAGGCUCUGGGCGCACCACCUGGAAAUGCUUCUCCCCCCGCGGCAUCCUCAGCAGCCAACUUCUCCAAUCAGUUUGUGCAACCCUCUUGGCGCAUCGCCCUGUGGUCUCUGGCUUACGGCAGUGUGGUGGCAGUGGCCGUUUUCGGAAAUCUCAUUGUCGUCUGGAUCAUCCUGGCUCACAAGCGCAUGCGGACGGUGACCAAUUACUUCCUGGUGAACCUGGCCUUCUCCGAUGCUUCCAUGGCUGCUUUCAACACUCUCAUCAACUUCAUCUACGCACUGCACAGCGAGUGGUACUUUGGAGAGACUUACUGCCGCUUCCACAACUUCUUCCCAAUCACUGCCGUCUUCGCCAGCAUCUACUCCAUGACAGCCAUAGCUGUGGACAGAUACAUGGCCAUUAUCAAUCCCUUGAAGCCCAGGCUCUCUGCAACUGCCACCAAGGUGGUCAUUGGGAGUAUAUGGAUUCUGGCUUUCCUGCUGGCCUUUCCCCAGUGCCUGUACUCCAUAACCAAGGUGAUGCCCGGGAGAACUCUUUGCUAUGUAGCAUGGCCAGGUGGUCCAAACCAGCAUUUUACGUAUCACCUCAUUGUGAUCGUGCUGGUCUACUGCUUUCCACUGCUUGUCAUGGGCAUCACUUACUCCAUCGUGGGAAUUACCCUCUGGGGAGGAGAAAUACCAGGCGACACAUCCGACAAAUAUCACGAGCAGCUCAAAGCUAAGAGAAAG